AUGGCCGACCGCAACGGACCAUUCGAUCUACCGAAACCUAUGCCACCUAUCACUCCAGACCAGGCACAGAACGACAACCAACAUGUUGACAAGUUUACGUGGGCACGCACGCUGCUCGACACGUCUGGCCUGCAACAGUUCCGCAACGAUACGGCUCGUGUUUGGGCUCCGAAUGGUGUGCAGUUCGUGUAUCCUGUCAUGCCGCACAUGGCUAAUGAGUCUGGAGCUGAGCCUACCGACGGCGACGAUGUGAGCUCACAGUCUAGUAAUUCAACGGUCAAGAUGGGCGUUCGCCACUCCGAUCGCGAGCCACUCGACUUUGACAAAGCAGAUUUCGUUCAGGCUUUACCAAGCCACAAACCUUCGACUGAUCUGUCCUCUCCAUGGAAUCCGACACCAAACAACGCGAGGCCCCGAUCCUACACCUCUUCCAGUACCGACAGUGAUGCUACAUUCGUGACCGACCACUCGCUCACCCAAAGUGUUGGUAGUGUCGACUCUACAGGCUGUAUGUCUUCACAAGUCACUCGAGAGAAAGUUCCACAUAGAGAUCGCAUGGUCAUGCUUCGCAGCACAAUGGAUGCUAACACAUGUGGUACUAUUAAAGAUCUUCAUAUUCCUGACACACCGACUUCUCGUCAAGAGUUGGAUCGACUGUUGUCACUGCGCGCCAUUCCGUCACCGCUUGGUCAAGGCCGAGUCAAAAACGAGGCUAUCAGCAAUAGUAGUAGUCUACUAAGCGUACCGCCUAACACAUCUGAUCAUCAGAGUCAACUACAUGAGCAUGCGGCACCUCAGAGUCCCGCUAUCUAUGGACUGCAUAAGAGAAAUGUAGAGCUUGACGGCAAGAGAAGUCCUUUCCAAAAGGCUGCCGGAUUUGGAUUCAGCCACGUUCGAAAUCCUACUGAUCCUUUCGUCGAACAGGCCGAGAAAUUGCAAUGUGGUAGCCGCAGUUCAGCGCAGCAUCCCCAAGGCUUCCACUUGCGCUCGCCACUCGCACCGAAGACCCCUAGCUUAGCUGCCAACUCACAGUCACUAUCAUCGGUUGCACAAGUUGGUGACGGGCUUAACCCUGCCGUAUCCAACUUUACACCAGUUGUUCGAACAGAACUACCUAUCCCGCCCCCUCCUCUUCCGUUCGCGCAACACAAGUACACACACGCGCCUGAAGCCCGGGCCGCUCUUGAAGCACAAAAGGUAGUCCGCGAGGCAUGGAUUCGUUCGGAAGCGAAAAAGAUUACCGAGCUGAGUCGGGCCCGGUUUGAGGCAGCACGACAGUUUGAGCACACGAGGUCGACAGGAGACUAUCAGGCGCUGAGUCGGACCGAAGCUGAAUUCCUCGAUUCCACGAACCUGGAGAAACGUCAAGAAGAGCGCAGGAACAUGUUUCUUCCACCAGGCAUGACUGCCAUGCGUACCGGACCCGGCAAUAUUCCUAGUGAUGGCUUUGCUGCAAGGGGGCCACCCAAUCAGGAUGCUGAAGGUGUUGGCAAUGGCGGUAAUAGUGCUGAAGGGCCAGGUCGGUUCUUGGGGUCUCAGAUGGCGUAUAUGGAGCGGGUUUGCGCCGAGGUCAAGCGUCCUGAUCAGGGUGAAGGUGAGGUGGGAGAGGGAGUCGAUAAGAUCACUGCAGACAUGUUGAAUAUGCUGUCAGCUGAAGAGAAGUCUGCUCUGCGAGAACAUCUCGUUGGCAGACUGAGACGUGCUACAGAACGUCGCUCCUGCAAUUAG